AUGUCUUGGGUGGUUGUCAAAUUUCUACCUCGCAAGGAAGACGAGACAGAAUCGGUCGAAGCAGUUCCUUCGUCCUGGGUUUCGGUUUCUAAUAAUGAAUGUUAUUGGCCGAAUUUUCCAAAUAAAAGUGACACCGUCAAAGCUAUUAAAAGCUGUUGGACUCCCGAUAAACUAAAAUGGGACUUGCAUGCCGUUACUAUAUUAUCAACGAAAGAGUGCUUGUCUAAAAAAGCCACCAAAGGCUUAACUACGUCAGACGUUGACACCCCUGCAGAAGCUGACGAACUCCCAGCAAAGAGACUGAAAAAGUCUAAUAGACGGUACCCUUCAUCUACUGAUGAGCAGGACGAGAGCAAUGCGAACGAGGACUUACCAAAUUUUCCGCAACCUCCAUUAGAUAAAUCAAAAACCCGUUCAAGUCAUUCCAAAAGGACACUGCAUGCUGGUGGACGAGACUGUGGAAGAUCCCAAGAUUUUCAUGAAAUUGAAAGUAAUGAUACGAAUGGAAAUGAAAGAUUAACUGAGCAGGGCACACUGAAAGCUAUUGAAAAUAAACAUGAUGAAGUAAUCAAACUUGUAAUAAAAAAUAACAGGUUACUACAACAUCAAACUAUGUAUAUAGAUGAAUUAGAAAAAAAAGUAGUUGGUCUAAAUGCAGGAAGGGCCAUGGCAAACCAGAGAUGUCAAUCUAUUAAUGAAGAUCUUGAGAAUAUUUUAAAAUUGUUUCCGUUAAAAACGGAAGAGGUCCUAAACGAAUUGGAGGAGUUAAUAUCACCAGAUGAAAAUAAAAAAAAGGAAGAGAUUCGCGAUGAAUUGGCCAACCGUUUAUCGCUUGACGGUGCACCAAAUUAUAAAGAGGCUGUACGUCGCAUAAUGUCGGCGGUAAUGACUGAUCAAUUGGCGGUAUUUUACAGUUAUAAAGGACAUAAAGGGAAACGGAAGUUUCACGAAAAAUAUUUAUCAAGUAUUGUCAUAAAUGCUGUCCAAGUGUGUCACUCAAAAACUUCAGAAAAUAUGUUAUUAAAAAAAUAUAUUGAAAGUGAAAUAGCGUUAUGGUUAAGUAAAGCUACUGAAAGGUCAAAAAAACAUUAA